CGCUCGCUGAGUGGGAUGAGGGAACGCAGGCGCACUGGAGAACCCACGGGCGGCAAGAGAAGCGCGUGCGGUCGGUGUCUCCAUGGCAACCACGGCCGGGGACCUGAGCUCGCGGCCGGGGCAGCGCUCGGGAACCCCCAUGGCAACGGCCGCAGGCUAUUUUUCCGCCGUAGUGUGACAUCAGAGUUAUCAGUGAGAGCACCUAGAAUACAGUGUGAUUUUUGUGAAAUGACAGCUCACAGCUCUGAAGCUGUCAUGUCAACUCGUCUAAGUCUCCAUAAACAGUAUUUGCAAGCCUGCCAAGAGUCGAGCCAGCUAGAAAACCCUUUCAUAGCCCACAUGCUUGAAGAAGCCGAGAAAGCAGAUAUAACAUUGACAAAAAGGAUCACAUUAAAAAUAGCUGGAAAUAACCGCUUGGUGCCAGUACAGAAAGUUACAGAUGAGGAUUUUCGAAUGCUUGCCUGCAUCUUAAGCAAUAACACAUUUGUUACAGGGCUGGACCUUAGAUAUAAUGUAUUAACUGAUGUUGGAGCAGAGCAUGCUGCAAAAUUCCUUCAGGAAAACUCAACCCUGCACUACCUCAAUCUGAUGUUUAAUGAUAUUUGUACCAAUGGAGCAGAAUUGAUAGCUAAAGCAUUGCAUAGGAAUGAAACGCUCCUACACCUGAGAAUGACUGGCAACAAAAUUGAAAACAAAGGUGGGAUGUACUUUGCUUCAAUGCUGCAAAUUAAUUCGACCUUAGAGAAGUUAGAUCUUGGAGACUGUGAUCUGGGUACACAAAGUCUAAUAGCAAUAGCAACAGUUAUGAGCCAUAACAAAGCGAUGAAAGCACUAAACCUAAACCGUCCUAUACUGUACAGCCAAGAGGAAGAAACCACAGUUCACACAGCUCUAAUGAUGAAAAAUAACUCGUGUCUUAUGGAACUGCAUUUGUGCAAACAUGAAAUUAAGAACUUCGGUGUGGAGCGACUGUGUGAUGCAUUGUAUGAAAACCGCAGCCUGCGAUAUCUUGACCUCAGUUGUAAUAAAAUAACUCGUGAUGGUGUGAAAUUUUUGGGAGAACUGCUGAAACGGAACCAAACUCUGGAAAUCCUAGAUCUUAAUUCAAACAGGAUAGAAGAUGAUGGAGCCAUCUAUCUGAGUGAAGCUCUGGCUUUGUACAACAGGACUCUUCAAGCGUUAGCAGUAGUGAGCAACAAUAUAAGUGGAAAAGGACUUGUUGCUCUUUCGGAUUCAAUGAAAACAAACAUGGUGCUUUCCUACAUUUAUAUUUGGGGAAACAAAUUUGAUGAGGCCACCUGUGUCGCAUUUUCAGACUUAAUUAAAACUGGCCGCUUGAAACCAAAUUGUACAGACGUGGAUCCGUAUGAAGUGGAUGGGCAUGUAUAUCUUGCAGAACUCCCUCAUGGCCUUAAAAGGCAUUACUAUUGGACACCAAGUUAUGGGGAGGUUGAUAACAAAGAUGCUAAUGCCAGUCUUGCAAUAGGAGCAGUUGCAGAACAUUUGUGAACAAGGUAACAACUUGAUGCAUUUAGAUCUAUCAGCUUGAGGGUUUUUCUGGCUUAUUUCUUUGUAAAUCAAAAUGAUAGUAUGUAAUUUCUUGAGGAAGUUAUUUUGGAGUGCGCCAAUAUACAUUUGAAAAGUACUAGAGAUAAAACCAACUCAAACUGAGUCCAACAUGAGUUUUUUAACAAAGUAGUAUAUGUUGUUGCUGUAGGCAGUGGUUCCCAACCUAUUUAGCAUUGUGGGCCCCAUAUGCAGCUCUCUCUGUGUUAUGUGGGCCCAUCCACACAAUAUACAUACUACCUAUAUAGCCCUGAGGAUGUCACAUGGGCCACAGCUGUGUGCUGAUUGAGCUGCAGGUUGAGGACCACUGCUGUAGAUAAACAGACGCUUGCUAAAUGAUGCCCAGACUAUGAUUAAAGAACUCUUAUGAUGAAA